CAGAGCAGGAAGAGCAGCGGCGAGGCGGUGGCGGCGGCUGAGUCGGUGGUGGCUGAGGCAGAAAGCGACAGCUCCAGGGGGUGCAGCGGCCCUGAGAGCAGGAUGCGGGUCGGGGUCAGGCUGACGCUGCUGCUGUGUGUGGUGCUGCUGGGUUCGGCCUCGGUGUCCUCGGAUGAAGAAGGUGACCAGGAUGAAUCCUUAGAUUCCAAGACUUCUUUGCCAUCAGAUGAGUCAGUAAAGGACCAUAGCCCAACAGGCAGAGUAGUUGCUGGCCAGAUAUUUCUUGAGUCAGAAGAAUCAGAAGUGGAAUCGCCUAUUCAAGAAGAGGAAGACAGCCUUAGGAGCCAAGAAGGGGAAAGUGUCGCAGAAGAAAUUAACUUUCUAGAAUCUCCAAAUCCAGAAAACAGGGACUAUGAAGAACCAACGAAAGUACGGAAACCAGCUUUGACCGCCAUUGAAGGCACAGCACAUGGGGAGCCCUGCCACUUCCCUUUUCUGUUCCUGGAUAAGGAAUACGAUGAAUGUACAUCAGAUGGGAGGGAAGAUGGCAGACUGUGGUGUGCUACAACCUAUGACUACAAGGCAGAUGAAAAGUGGGGCUUUUGUGAAACUGAAGAAGAGGCUGCCAAAAGACGGCAAAUGCAGGAAGCGGAAAUGAUGUACCAGACUGGGAUGAAAAUUCUGAAUGGAAGUAAUAAGAAAAGCCAAAAAAGAGAAGCAUAUCGGUAUCUUCAAAAGGCAGCAGGCAUGAACCAUACCAAGGCUCUGGAGAGAGUGUCAUAUGCCCUUUUGUUUGGUGAUUACCUGUCACAGAAUAUCCAGGCAGCUAAAGGGAUGUUUGAGAAACUGACUGAGGAAGGCUCUCCCAAGGGACAAACUGCUCUUGGCUUUCUCUAUGCUUCCGGACUUGGUGUUAAUUCAAGUCAGGCAAAGGCCCUUGUAUAUUAUACUUUUGGAGCUCUUGGGGGCAACCUAAUAGCCCACAUGGUUUUGGGUUACCGAUACUGGGCUGGCAUCGGAGUCCUCCAGAGCUGUGAAUCCGCACUGACUCAUUAUCGUCUUGUUGCCAAUCAUGUUGCUAGUGAUAUCUCGCUGACAGGAGGCUCGGUAGUACAGAGAAUACGGCUGCCUGAUGAAGUAGAAAAUCCAGGAAUGAACAGUGGAAUGCUCGAAGAAGAUUUAAUUCAGUAUUACCAGUUCUUAGCUGAAAAAGGUGAUGUACAAGCACAGGUUGGCCUGGGACAGCUGCAUCUGCAUGGAGGGCGUGGAGUAGAGCAAAAUCACCAGAGAGCAUUUGACUACUUCAAUUUAGCAGCGAAUGCUGGCAAUUCCCAUGCCAUGGCCUUCUUGGGAAAGAUGUAUUCAGAGGGAAGUGAUAUUGUACCUCAGAGUAAUGAAACAGCUCUUCACUACUUUAAAAAAGCUGCUGACAUGGGAAACCCUGUUGGACAGAGUGGGCUCGGAAUGGCUUACCUCUAUGGGAGGGGAGUUCAAGUUAAUUAUGAUCUAGCACUGAAGUAUUUCCAGAAAGCUGCUGAACAAGGCUGGGUGGAUGGGCAACUUCAGCUUGGCUCUAUGUACUAUAAUGGCAUUGGAGUCAAGAGGGAUUAUAAACAGGCCUUGAAGUAUUUUAACUUAGCGUCUCAGGGUGGCCAUAUCUUGGCUUUCUAUAACCUGGCACAGAUGCACGCCAGUGGCACAGGUGUGAUGCGGUCGUGUCACACUGCAGUGGAGUUGUUUAAGAAUGUAUGUGAACGGGGCCGGUGGUCUGAAAGGCUCAUGACUGCCUAUAACAGCUAUAAAGAUGGUGACUACAAUGCCGCAGUGGUCCAGUACCUCCUGUUGGCCGAGCAAGGCUAUGAAGUGGCACAAAGCAAUGCAGCCUUCAUUCUUGAUCAAAGAGAAGCAACCAUUGUAGGUGAGAAUGAAACAUACCCCAGAGCUUUGCUGCACUGGAACCGAGCCGCCUCACAAGGCUAUACUGUGGCUAGAAUUAAGCUUGGAGACUACCAUUUCUACGGAUUCGGCACUGAUGUAGAUUACGAGACGGCAUUUAUUCAUUAUCGUCUAGCAUCUGAGCAACAGCACAGUGCACAAGCAAUGUUUAACCUGGGAUACAUGCAUGAGAAAGGACUGGGCAUUAAACAGGACAUUCACCUUGCAAAACGUUUUUAUGACAUGGCAGCCGAAGCCAGCCCAGAUGCACAGGUACCAGUCUUCCUAGCCCUCUGCAAAUUGGGCGUUGUCUAUUUCUUGCAGUACAUACGGGAAACAAAUAUUCGAGAUAUGUUCACUCAUCUUGAUAUGGACCAGCUUUUGGGACCUGAGUGGGACCUUUACCUCAUGACCAUCAUCGCAUUGCUGUUGGGAACAGUUAUAGCUUACAGGCAGAGGCAGCACCAAGACAUGCCUGUACCAAGACCUCCAGGGCCACGGCCAGCACCACCACAGCAAGAGGGGCCACCAGAGCAGCAGGCUCCGCAGUAACCCACUGUGUCCAGCCUUGAUCAGUGACAAACAAGGAAAUGGUUUACUAAGAACACUUGCAUUUGAUUUAGGACUUUGGAUCAGUGGUCACCUCCUGGAAGAGGCACAUGGAAGCGUUGAAUUCUUAAAGCUGCUUAGAAUCUGAUGCCUUUAUUUUCAGGGAUAAGUAACUCUUACCUAAACUGAGUUGAAUGUCUGUUUCAGUGCCCUAUGGGAUAACAACUCUCAGUGCCCCCUCCCCCAUUUUUUUCCUGGAAACAUAUGUGAGACACUCAAAGUAAUGUCUGCUGUAUCCAGCUAUCUUUUUUGGGUCCUUUUGGUCAUUCUCUCAAGGUGCAUAAGUUCUUCUGUCCGCCAUCUUUAAGGUCUUAUGCAUCGACACUAAAAACUGAUCAGUGUAAAAAGGAAAACCCAGUUAGUUACAAGUUUAACCUUAACACAUUUGAAAGUCUAAAAAUAGAACUUGCCUUUUAAGUUAAAAAAAAAAGUCUUCAAGUGUUUCAGAACUUCGAUAACCAAGGAACUUUUAACUGUCCACAUGCAAGUACACAUAUUCAGCAUAUUUCUUAACUUUAAAAGGUAAGGUUGGGAAGUUUCUUAUUGGUAAUUGUCAUACUUUAUACCAUACUUCUCUCCUUCAAAGACUGAAAGGCCUUGUUAAAGAGUUGUAUGUGAACUUCAUUUCUUUGGAAUGGAAUAUAUAGAAAACAUUGUGAAUUGACUUCUUGAGCUAACACGUGAACUUGCCCCACCUACUCAAUGUAAUUUGCGUGUUUGUGGUGAAUAUACGGAGCCUUUACCAGAAGCCAGAGGAUGGACUAAAUGGGAGAAGUUAGAGAACAAUAUUGAAGCACUCUGGGUGGGGUAUCAGGAUCAUAGACACUUCCCCAAAAGUUGAAGCAUCUGUUCCCAGGAUUUAUUUUACUGUGCAUUUCUUACUGGAAAAGAACAGACCACCCUCGUGAAUUCUUUAAAUAUGAAAUGUUGUUGCCAGGCUAUGGCUGACAGUAACCACCGUUACAAUUCUAAAAUACAAGAUGCAUUAAAAUCAGUGGUUGAGGAAAGCCAAAGCCUGUUUGUACUGUUCAGGUAGAUUUUUAUCUCCGCAGUUUGAUGUUCCAGUAAAAAAUCAACCACUUGCUUAGGUAUCAUAUUCACCACCCUCCCACUGUUAACAUUAGGAAAAUCAGGGCUAUCACAUUGCAGCAUUAUCUGAUUAAAUAGUAUGGAAAACAACAGCCAUGGCAACAGCAAAGAAAACUGAGACCGUCACAAUCAGACAAAUGAAAAAAGUGAAAACUUCAACCAGAUUUGUAUUUGUUUUUAUUGUCGGAUGGUGGUGUUCACCUCUGUUUCUGGUCCGGGACCCUGUUGGUGUCUGAGCAGGCGUGCUGUGCCUCUUGACCUCAGUCUGUUUAUAUUAAUCUUUAUACUCUUUUUCCAUAACCCCUCAUCUGCCAGAAAACUUGAGGAGUUUGUUACAUGUGUAAGGAGUUGUAAGACUGGUUUUUAAAGUGGGGAUUAUAUUUAGAACUAGAUUUAAUUAGUCCGUAAUGAACAUGAAGACUCUAAAUGUGAGGUUGUGUGCUUUUUUGGAUGUUUAGAAUAUUAUGCAAAACCUGGUGAGCAAACUUUUCUCCCAGAUAAUUGCUUCUAAAUUGAAAGAGGUAGUCACGGCGAGAACCAUGUAUAUAACUGCUGAUCUGAAAGGUAGGAAAUUUUACCCUCAGAGGUGUAAUGUCGAUUUGGGCAGCUCUUGUAAAUAGUAAGACUUGUUUGAUCUCUGACAUUAGAGAUUUGAGUGCUGUUGGUCCAGUAUGUUGGUGUCUUCACCCCUACAUCUUCUCCCCACACUUCAAACUAAGUAUGAUCCACCAUAGCAGCCACGAUUCAUUUCAAAGGAACUGUUUUAAUUUAUUUAAAAGUUUGAAGACCAAAACUUCCAUAUUUUUCUACCAUCCACUUAAUUCCUCCUUUAGCAGUAUCUUUAUCUCUAUCACUAUUUCCCUCUGUUAGUACUUUGAAAACAACAUUUCUUAAAACAGUGUGCACACCCCAAAGACAGAUGGGGAAGUGCAGUCUUGUUCUCCAGGCAAUAACAAACUUCCGUUAGUGUACCAGUCACCGUGUCCUUCUUAUAAAUCUUCUAAAUAUCUUUUUCUUGGCUUUUGUCCACCUCCUGUUUUACCCUGGGUCAUUUGCUACUGGAAAUUUGGUAAAUUUAAAAUAACUUAGUUCCUAUAGCUUCAUUUGAAGACUGGCUCAAAAUACUUUGCUCCCUUUUUCAUGCUGUGCAAGGGACAUGAUAUCUAAGCAAAUAGGAACUGGGUUUGUUGUUUCUCCUAAAAUAAUGCUCAAUACUUACCUAAUCAAAUGGCAUCCAUUUGAAUAAAAUGACAGUAACUAAAGCUAGUUAAUGUCAGUGACAUUGAACUAACUCCAGGAUUCAGGAGUUUUAACGUUAGAAUUUAGAGUUAGCAGAUAAAGUGCGGCUUCUCUUCUCCACGGUCGCCCUUGUCUCCCGAUUCCUUUCAGAGUCUGUCUUCGUGCCUUCCAAGGUGGUGACAGUAGUACUCUCCUUAGCUCCUGUUCUCUUGUGUGUUCACUUUGUUGGUUAGUCAGCUGCCCCAGAAUCUUGACGAUCUGUUUUGUUUCUGUUUUUUGUUACAAAGGUAGCAUAGGUAUUUGGGUUUGAUUUUGUUUUGUUUUUCCUUCUUCUUUUUGAAAUUUUUGUUUUUGUUUUCUGGGUAAGGCUCAUCUUCUUUUUGGUUACUAUACAGUGGCACAGAAAAGUCAAAAGUUUCCUAUUUUUCAAAAUUCAUUAUUUAGCUCCUAAAUGAGGUUAACUUGUGAAUCACUAAUCUUAAUACUCUUGAGGAUGUGUUACCCUUCUGCAUAUAAAGUUAAUUUGUGAGAGUUUUUACUGCUAAAUCAUUUAUCUCUGCACCAUUGGGAAGUUUUAGAAACUUCUACCCAUGAUCUGAUGCUUUAUUUAAUUAAGGAGCUGCUGUUGCAUUCAGGAACCUUAAGUAUUUUGUAUAAGCUUUUUUUCUUUUUCCCUCCUUUCUUUGCUGUUCAUGUUUGUUCUUCAAACCAGUGUUUUGGAAGUAUGCAUGCAAGCCUAUAAACGAAGACCGCAGCUCUUCAUGUGUGUAGCAUGUGUAUUAUAUUGUCUAGCUACAUCUGCAAAAAACUUCUUUUUCAGAGGUUUGGACUAACAUUUCACAUGCACCUUUCAAAACAAAAAUGCAAUGCUUCAGAUAAUAAACAGCCCCUUUACCAACCAAGAAGAGCAAUGUGGGGUACAUUUGCCCCAGUAAGAGCUAGUGUUUGCUUUGAAAGUGAAUUUAAUUAUAUGCUAUACAAUAUUAUGACUACAGCUGUGCAAGAAAUAAAGCAAAAGAAACUUCUGUUUUCAUGAAAAUAUUUUUCAUCAGUCAUUGCUCUCAAAUAUAAAUGAAAAUACAAAAUUUCUGAAUACCAUAUUGUCGGAGACACUACCUAAUUUUUAAAUGUGCAGUAGUCCUCGAAAAGAAGCUAAAAUUUAUCCUUCCAUUUGGUAUUUCAAGAACAUCGAAAAUAUUCCAAGCAAAAAUGAUUUGUAUUUUUAAAGGGACUCUUAGCACAAGUAAAAAUCUGACAAGUUCAUGAGCAGGAUGUCUCGGUUAUGUGCAGGGAGUCUUCUCACAUGCACCGGUUUUCCAACUUGGAAUGACAAGAUGACACUAUUCUCUUUGAUCGAAGAAAAAUCAUAAUGUUGAUUUGAUCAAGGUGUAACCACUAUCAAUAUUUAGGAGACAUUUAAAAAGACCAUAGACUGGCAUUGGAAGGAACAACACCAUGGUAGACUUUUUGUAAAUUUAUUUUGUAUUUAAUUAAAUGCAGUAUAAAGGCUGGUGAAGUGUAUUAUAAUUGUGUAAACAAAUCCUGUUAAUAGAGAGCUGUACAGAUUCAUUUUGUACCAUAUCCUGAAACUUGUGAAAUAAAGAUUCCACCUCUGGUUAUCCUGUAUGCUAUAAUGUACCAUGGCCAGGCGCCUCUCCAGGUAGGCUUUUUAAAAGAUCAGAAUCAUUAAAUUCUUAAAUGAACUUUUUUGGAAUUUCAGAAGCUUCUGGAAAACAUGCGUUAGGGGCAGUCUGAAUCCACCUUAUGUUUAACUGUUGAAAUUCAUAUUUCUGUAAGGGAGAAUAUAUAAAUUUGCUUAAGAAAUGU